GUCCUGUUAAUUUAUUAUUUAGCUUGGUAACGUGACGGUUGCUUCUCCACUUAUUUUAUUGGGUGGUUGGUUACUUGAAAUAUGGGGGAGGAGGAGGAAGAAGGGUCUCCUUCGCUGCUUCGUGAUAGAGAUAAGGAUUUAGGGUUUUCUCGUCUCUCUCUCAGAGCUGAGAUCAGGGGUGUGACUCUUGUGGAAGUGGCUUUGGGGGUGCUGAAUGCUGCAGACCCAUGGGAGAAGUCUGAGCUGGGAGAGGAGGCCGCUAUCCUCUGGUUUCAAGGCCACAUUUCCCUUCCUUACAAUUACAGUGAUGAAGAGUUGCCUGUCCCUGAUCGACCCGCCAGGCUUUCAAACGUGAGGCUGGUGGCUCCCCAUCUCAUGCCCAAGCUUGGCAAGGCGGGGAGCUUGCAGAGCUGGCAAGCCGUUCUUCACAGUUUGGUCCAUACUGAGAGCUGGGCUAUUGAUUUAUCUUGGGAUAUCAUAGCUCGUUUUGGGAGGCAGGAAGGCAUGCCUCGCCCCUUCUUUGACGACUUUGUGAAGGUGGCACAGGAUGAAGGCCGCCAUUUCAGGCUUCUUGCAGCUCGUCUUGAAGAAUUGGGAAGCUUUUAUGGGGCACUACCUGCUCAUGACGACCUAUGGGAUUCGGCCAAUGCAACCUCAAACAGUCUUCUAGCACGUCUUGCAGUCGAGCAAUGUGUGCAUGAGGCUAGAGGACUUGAUGUGUUGCCGACAACUAUUGCUCGCUUUCGAAGUGGAGGAGACAAUUCAUCCGCAGAUUUGUUAAAAACAGUCAUGUACCCGUAGGAAAUCACACACUGUGCUGCUGGUUUAAAAUGGUUUAAAUACAUUUGCUUGAGAAAUCUGGCUCCUUCAGGAGAUGCUGCUUUGUCUUCGUAUUGCUCAGGAUUACCAAACAAUUGUGCAGUGGAAGAAACUGUCCCUGAGAGAACCCUGGUUGAAGAAGAGCAGUCUUGCCAUCCUUCAUGCGGGGAGGCUGAGCUUGGAGCAACAGUUGAUGCCUUUCACACUACUGCUAGAAAAUAUUUUACAGGACCUCUGAAGCCUCCUUUCAAUGAACUUGCCAGGGAAGCUGCCGGUUUUGGGCAAGAAUGGUACAAGCCUCUUGCUGUUAAAGAUGGUCCACAAGUAGCUGAUGGGCAUUAAGGAAAUUAUGCAAGCAUUCUUUCAUUGGAUUCACAAGAAGAGCUUUAUGCAAGGUUGGAUUGGUAUUGUUUGUCAGCAUCAUAUGUGUGUUGAAUGUGAAGAGCUUGAGGUGAGGUACGACUUGCAUCUUUUCUCUUUUUGUUCUCUUCCCUUUUAAAUUUGUUUUAGGCCGAUGAUUCUGCUCUCCAGUCGGUAACACAUUUGUUGCUGUACUGCUGUUGGAUUAUGUAACCUAUUUGUUUCCUCCCUUUAUUAGUAUUGCAUUGCCCUUGAGUUGCUUGCUAAGAUCCUCCUGGGCCUCAUGUGGUUGGUUAUCCUGCCUUGUCUUGCACGUUAAUGUACUUUUUCGCACUUAUUCAAUGAAACCAUGUCCGAUAUAA